AUGGCUAGUGAUAAGGAAAUGGCAAAAGCGUUGAUGGCCGAAAGAGACGCCACCGAGAAGAAAAUAAACGCCAACUUCGAAAUUUUGAAGGCGGUUUGGCGAACUUUAGAGUUGUGGUCUGAAGUUUCGGGUUGUAGAACAACAGCACGAUGGAUUCGCCGUUGGUGGAUUCCGAAAACUUCCCGCUCAACAACAUCGACAUCUACGCGGUCCGCCACGCCCGUCACGACAUCAUCUGUUUGAAGUUUGCCCUCCACAAAGAAACUCAUUUUCGAAACUUGGAUUUCUCAGAAAAUGAAUAGAAAAGUUUCGACGAGAAGCCAAGAUGUUUUAAGUUAUGGUGAAUGAGACAUAUAGCAUUUCUAGCAGAAUUUGUGUGUCUUUAAAAAAAAAUGAUAAUUCAGUCGAGGUCUCGGCGCGAAGAACCUUUAGCAAAAAGAUGUGAAACCGUUUUUUUAUUUUUAUAGGCUAACAAGAAGUUAGUUUCUUCAUCUAUUAUCUGUUUUUAAAAAAAGAUUCAUGGGAGAAGAAUCAAAUUAGGCGCCUUGAAGAGACUUUUACAGCUUCAACUGAAGGAAUUUUAAUAUCCUCUCAUUUUUAAAAAAAGUCCAGAAACUAGUCUAAAAAAAUUUUUUUAGAUUUCGAUUAUGAAGUUUUUGUACAUGAAAAUGCCUGAAUAUCGCCGUUUUCUGAUCAAAUAUUUUUUUCGCUCGAUCCCUGCUCAAUUUCCAGAAAUUAACAGUCUUGUUUUUAUUUCAAUAAUUCAAAGAGCUGGAUAAAGAGAUUUAAAGAUUGGGAACUUUUAAGGAACGAUAGAGAGGAAAUAAAUCAGAAACUGGCCCAAUCUUUGGAAAUCGUUCAUCAGAUCGCCUUGGAGGAGAAGAAUGUGGGUGAUUGAAAUAUAAUAAGAUUUUCAAAGACUCAAAAACGAAAUAAAUAAACAAAGAGUUGCAUUUUUUUUCCAGAACGCGAUGGACACCUCGACAGAAGCUGGUGUCGAGAAACCCGUCCACAGGACAUCCAACGACCCUUUCGCCAAGGUUCGAGAUUGCAGAACCAAAACAUUUUUUUUUCUUAGUUAAUAAUUCUUGAAAGAAUUUUCGAUAAUGACGAGUUGAUAGAAGAAGAUAACAGUAAAUUUUCCAAAAAAAAAUCGAGUGAAAAGGUCGAGGCUUUGGUGUCGGAUGAUAAAGAUUUAGAUUCAUAAAAAAACGGUUUCGUCAGAAGCAGAGAGAAAUCUGAGUUUUGUCCUAGAAAACUUCCGAUUUGAUUUUGUUCUACCGCUCAAAAAUUGCUUAAGGUGUCCUCUGUGACGAAGGAUUCUCCGGCGUACGUUGGGGGAUUCGAAAAGGACGACCUUUUGAUCCAGUACGGCACCCUGCAUUUCGGCAACUUCCACGAAAUACAGCAAGUCGCUCAGGUCACCAAAGCCUCUGCAGACGUCAGUUCCUCUUCCGACUUCCACUCGAUCUCUCUAUCGAUUCAGAAGACGUUGCGGGUGACGGUGCUUCGCAACGACCGGCCAGUCCGUCUGGAGAUUCGGCCGCGACAAUGGUCCGGCCCAGGACUUCUUGGAUGCUCCAUCGUCCCUCUCUCCGCCAAUAAUAUUUGAAUUCACCGAUUUUAAAAUGUGAUAAACUUUACUGGUGUGUAAAUGGGACAUAAAGCUUUAAUUUAUAAAUCUAUUUUAUUAGUUUAAAGAAAUGGUUUCGACCAAAUUUUCUUCUUCUCAUGAUUCUUUUUAUUUAUCAGUUGAUGUUCUUUCAGAUGCAGAACCAGCUGAAGCAGUACGAACACUUGGUGGGCGGUUUCUGCGGCGGCAUGGCCAGUACUUUGGUCUGCCAUCCUCUGGAUCUUCUCAAAAUUCGAUUUUCAGGUUAUCAUCUUUAAAACUGGAAACUUAGCUGCUUAAAGAGAGUUCAAAAAAAAAAUGUCAAAAGUUCUAAGGAGUCAACAUUAAAUAGUUGAUAAUUUUUGAUAAUUGUCUCAAACUAAAGCUUAAUAUUUGAACUUUCCAGCCAAUGAGGGCAGCUCGCUACGUCCACAGUACAGUAGUUACGCCGACGCUGUGAGAAAGGUUCACUUUUGAUUUUUCCCAUCAAAAGUUUGGUUUUCUGAAAAUCAGCUGCACUAUUUUUGAUCCGAAGAAAAAUUUGUUUAAUUUUUAGAUCACAAGAGCCGAAGGCCCGAGAGGGCUCUACCAAGGCCUCACGCCAAAUCUUAUUGGCGCUUCUUUGUCGUGGGGACUUUAUUUUCAGUGGUGAGGAUUUUGGAAGGAGGAAAACUUGAUAUAUUAGUAGUUGGAGAACUACAGCUCUUAUCAUUACUUAAUUAAACGCUUUUGAAAGAAGAAACGCAAAAAGACUAUUAGAAAGAAAUGCAAUCAAAAGAAACUUUGAGAAACUCCUUCUUUAGAAGUUCCAGAGAAGAAAUCUCAAGACCAGAGCUGUGCUUUGGGCCAGCCGGGCUGGCCAUAGUGUUGCAACGCGGUCGCGAAGCGGCCGAAAAUUUGCCACUUUUCGAACUUUUUUGUCUCGAAAUUUUCACAGUGUGUAAAUGGGGGAGUGAGUGAUCGAAAAUGUGUUAUUUGGGAAAAUUAUGUGAUUUAAAUUAUGAAAUGAGAUGAAAAAAGCUCGCGAUUGCGACAAUUGUGGGCCGAUUCGGCCAUCAACCUCGGUCCAACGCACAGCUCUGCUCAAGACUCAUCUGCUCGAGAUUCGAUAGAUAAACCUACCUUGAACAUUAAUUUGCUAUCAGAAUAUUAUUAUUUUUAUAAUCAGAUUUAUCUAGGUACCAUUUCAUCAAAAAGAAUAUAAUCGACGGAUUGACUGGAAACGAACAAAUCGACAAUUUUUUCUCGGGUUUUCUCUCCGGCUCGGCGAUCAUGUGCAUUACGAACCCCAUCUGGGUGGCGAAAACCAGGUUUUUCGCCUCAUUUCGCCCAUAUUCGAUUCUUCAGGUUAUGCCUGCAAUACGAGACGAGUGCAACAAAAAACUACAAGGGAACUGUCGAUUGUUUGCGGAAGAUCUUAGCAGAAGAAGGUGUUCGUGGACUGUACAGAGUCAGUUUCUGGGAAAGGCAGCAGAAAUGAAUAUCGGCCGGUUGAGGGAUUCGUGCCUGGAAUUUUCGGAACGACACACGGCGCCCUGCAAUUCGCCACCUACAACUGGCUCAAAGACGUCCGCUGCCGACUCCGAAAUCAACCCAAAGACUCUUUUCUCGUAGGAUCAGCGUUUGAAAUGUGGCAAUCAACAGAAUUUCAGUCCCAUUCCGACUAUCUGAUAUGUUCUUCCAUGUCCAAGGUUUUCGCCACGACCAUCACUUUUCCGUAUCAACUAUUGCGCACACGAAUGCAGGUGCGUUAAAAGGAUGAAAAUUUUUUGGCGAAACUUCUUUCAAAAACUCCAUAGAUUUGAUGGUCUCCCGUUCGGCUAUCGAAAAACGAUUUCCGAGUAAUCAAAGACGCCUUUAUCGUCCAGGCAUUUGACGAAACAUUUUUCUUACUUCGUAUAAGCUUUCUUACCAAAUAAUUUUUUUUUUUCUGAACAAACUAGUUUCUUCAGUGGAAAAAAAUAAUAAGAGAAGUCCUCGGGAAAAAAAUGAAUGAAAUUUUCCGUUUGUUGCGGGAGGACUCUGUUUGGAAAGAAGUUUCAACGUUUUCGAUGGUUAAUUCACAUCUCACCAACUAAGCAUAACUUUUGAACUAUUAUUUUCGAUAACUUCAGGACCACAACAUUCAUUCUGGCGGCGUGUGGCAGACGACGCUGACAGCAGUGCGUAACGAAGGGAUUUCGGCCCUAUGGAAAGGAUGCCUCAUGGCCAACUUCAGACAGCUCCCGGCCGCCGUCGUCACCUUCUGGACAUAUGAAAACGUCAGACGUCUCAUAAAUAUGGGGUCUGAGAAAAGCUAA